AGAAGCGGCUGCUUGAUUUUUGAUGUAAUAAAUUCUCAGCAUAGUUUACGUUUGUAGUGUAUUACAUGCGUUGAUUUAUCACCCAGUGAGCGAGAAUUUUAUAAUUCCAAUUCAAGUGUAGUUUUAUGCCACGAGGUGUAAUUACAAAUUUAGUAUUCUAUAUUAAUUCAUACGGCGUGACAUUUCAGCCUUCAGAGUGGCAGGUGCGGCAAAAAGUGAAAGUUACAUAACAGAAAAUGCACGCUGGAUUGUAAACUGUAAGGACGAUGCAUGUUUUUAUGAUGCCAACAACGUUGUCAAUCGCAAGCUGACGUUUAUGACUGGUUUUUGUGGAUUUACUAAAUCGGCUAUGUGUACACAAAAUAAGCAUCUCUUGUGACGUUAAAGUGAAGCACAACAUGACAGUUCCAAAGCUCCAACAGUUGUGGGAAUAUUUUAUCCAAGCAGAACAUCGCUCUUACGAGAAGUCGGCAUGGUUGGAUGUCUUCCUGUCCGAAUUUUUAGUGCAGGUGAAAGAAGGAAAAGAUGCAAAUGAAAUAAUCUCAUGUUGCAGUGGCAGUGGCAGCUCCCCGACCGGAGUGGCAGCACUGAUCGGGUGUGAGCUACUGACAGAGGUGCACGCGUUAUGCCCGCCACACAGCGAGGACCUGCAGCCGCUGGCUCGGCUGCUACUUUGCGGCUGGGGCUGGCGGGCACUUGCUGCACUGCACCACCUGGACUGCUCGUCCCUGUCUUGUGGGCGUGAGUUGUGUGCCCUGUUGGUGUCCCUGUUUCCAGUCGGCCUAGAAGCUGCUCCUCGGAGUCUCGUAAUAAAUGAAGAGUGCAACCCAUUUGUACAGCUGUGGAAACCACGACCCCCGAUGGACAGGCCAUUAAUUGAUGUUGUUAGUAGGUCCAGAGGACUGGGUUCAGACGGCCAUUCUGUCACCCGCAGUGCCACAAGUGCUCCGGCGGCAGCUAGUGGUAGCAGCAGCGAGUCAGGUGGUGAGAGGGCGGAGCCUGUCAGUGUCAUCCGCAUACGCCUCAAUCCCAUGGACUUUGAGUACUUCACUUCAGUUGUGCGCAGUGACGAUGAUGGGACUGGCCUGGUGGCAGCAUCAUCAUCCUCCAAUUCUACAAUGCUUUCAGGAAACCAGCAAAUAAUUCCAGAUCCAGAUGCCUUACGGCGUGAACCUCGCAUUCAGGAAUGCGUCCAGACAACACUAUCCGGUUACGAGCUGUCCCUCUUGGUCCUGGACCUGCUGAGCCGCCUGGCACCUCGCGCACACUCGACUGCACUGUCGGCUGCCAACAUGUGUGCCCACCGCUUGUGUGGUCCGGGGCUGGUGGCGGCGGCAGCAUGGGCGGAGCUGGGAGAGAGCCGGCAGUGGGAGGUGCGGGCACGGCUGGUGGCAGUUGUAGCUGCGUGCCUGCCCGCCCUGCUUGUGCCGGCAGUGCUGCCUGCCACCCUGCGUUCUGGCCUGCUGCCUAUCUUGAUCAAGGUUUUGGAAGAUGUGGUACACCGUACAUCAGCAGCUAUUAAGCAGACAGAGGAUAAGGGAAAUGACGAUGAAAGUGCAUCUGUGUGUGGUAGUUUUGCAACUGUUGCCAGUCCUCUUACAAAGGAAGAUGCCAUGAAGGCCCAGAAUGUGGUCUAUGGAAUAUCCCUGGCUGUUCUCGUGUUUGUACGGGGAAUCCUCGUCACUCACCGUGGGGGUGGCACCGACAGGCUGCAUGACGCUCUCGAACUGCUGGGGCUGUUUCUCCAAGGAAGAGGAGCACGACUUAUCGAGUCUGCCAUCAGCAUUGUCGUUGCUGUGCCAUUUGUUGAAAACUGUGUCUCAGUGAGUCGUGCCUCCAGGUUGGUCGACAACGUAGCCCGCCUUGUGUCUACGUUGAAACGCACGCAACUAGAACUCGUGCAGCAGGCAACUCGCCGAUCAAGGCGCACCUCAGCCCCAGCACCCGGUGCAGCAGGCGUGAUCUCCACAAGCUCAACUCCAACGCACCACCAUGUUCCGGGCCCCCUCGAUGCAUCAUAUUGCCGUGUGUCUGCUGUCUUCACAGUAUUAGUGCGCCUGCUGUCUGUACCUGCUGUGAGGGAACGAGUACUGCGUGCUAUGAGGCACUGCGGGACCUGCUGCUGUUUCCAGCCUCGCACAUUAGUUAUUGCCCUCGUUGGUAUCCUAGAACAAGCUGGAGGCAAUAAACGUGUGAGACGGCUUACUUUCGCCCUUCUGGAAAGGGCACUGUACCGUGAAUUGGGUGCUGUCGUAACAGAAAGAAACAAAAGUUGUUCUGUAUGCUCCCGCUGGUCAUCGUCAUCAUCAGACUUGCUCUUUGUAGCUGAAGGUUACAUAUCUGGAGAAGGAGUGGGAAGGUGGUCUUGCAUGGAGCUCUUCCGCCCAUUACUCGAAGCAGACAACUGUCAGCUGAGCCAGGCAUUGGCAGCCCACCUAAUCCAGCAAAUGCCACGCUUUACCCCCUAUGUGAAGCUGCAACUACUGCUCCAUGUUUUCUUACCUGCAUUUGUAAACAUUAAGCAACGUUUCCUCGAACAUCGCAUGGAGGCUGACAAGAUACUCCUUGGGUCCUGUCUUUCGGCACUCCUGGUACUGCUUGGCUGCAGUGAGGAACUUUCACAAGAGUUUUCAAGAAAGAAAGGCAUUGACCACAUCCGUGACUUGAUCUCAGAGUCGCCAUUUGUGCAUAUCUGCUGUUCUCUCCUUGAAGUAACUGCUACCGUGGACAUUUGGCGUAUCAGUUGUGAGGCUGAAGGUGACAAACAUUUGGAUGUUGUGGAGCAUUUAAAAAGGCUGCCAAAUAUUGAGCUGCUUCAUCACUGUGCAGAGGACACAGCUAAAAAGCUUCUUGUGCUGCUCAGUGCAGCUGACAGUUUAGCAGAGGUUGACACAGUGUUGGGUGACUGCACUGUUUUCUGGCAUUCAGUGGUGGACCUUGCUGCGUAUUCACCAGCAUAUCGACAAUUGUUAAAACUAACUUGUGUGCCUGACAGUAAAAACUUCCUUGUAUCACUUCUAGCAGCAGGUGCUAAGAGUGAAACAAUGAAUUACAAUAAUCCAUCAAUCAUAGAGCUGCUUGAAGUUGUACUUGCACUAAAUAUCUUGUCUGCUCCAGAUGUCUCUGAAGUUGUGGAGAUACUGAAGGAACAGCUCAGUCAGUCUGCCAGUACUGAAGAUGAAAAUCGUUACCUCUGGCUCUGCAAGCUGGUAAUGGACAGUUCUGUAGCAGAAAGCUGCUCCCACCAUAUAAUGCCGCCACACCGUAAAACAAAGAUGCUGUCUGAAGAGGAGGCUGAUGACGACGGAGAGAGUGCGGGCGCCAGCUCGAGCUAUGUGACAGCCGAUGAGGGCUAUGAGGCCGAUGUGGAGAUACCACUGCAGCCUGUUGGCAGUGCCUGUGCUAUUGACGAUCCUCGUUGCUCCAGGAGGUAUGAAGUGGUGUGUGCACGUAGCCACAACAGCGAGCACCACCGCCGCUCACCUCGGCUGAUCGAACCCCAGCUCUGCAAACUGGCAGUAGAUAUACUUAUCCGGCUUCCAGAAGAACAGCAGAAAAGUAAAGAAGCAGUGGAAGUAUUGAAACAACUUGCAACAUUAUGCAGAGACUGUGCAGAAAACUGUGCACGGCUUGCAAAGAUUGGGAUGGUAUCAACAUUGCUGGAAGGCUUUGGUCUGAGUCUCAGGCGUAGAGAUGCUACUCUGAUAGAUCUUCAAAAAGUGGUACUGGAAUUGGUGAUGUUGUUGGCUAGACAGAGCAUUUCUCCAAAUGAACUGGCUCUAUAUAUUUCAUUCUUCAAAGGUGAUGAUCCGCCAUUGGAUCUUCUUCUGUCUCCAUUAGUUUCUCUGGCAAAUGAGACUCGGCCACAACCGGACCACAUUAUUCGCUUCCCUUGUGGUGAAGACACAAAUGUGGGUACACCACCACCUGUACCAGACCAGGGGGGGAUUCUGGUGGAGGGAAAUUAUAUGUCACUUGUCUAUAACUUUAGCCAGCAGCACACACUUGCAGGUGCCAAAACUGCAUGGUCAGCAUGUGCUCUUUCACUGCCCAUCGGUGCAGAGCUAGGAUGGUCUAUGUGGCUACAUGGCUACUCUGCAGCCAUGUGGCUGAGGCUAGAUGAGCCAGUGGUCAGUACAAGUCCUGCCUGCCCUUGCUCUCCUGCUAGCACCUUUCGACAGAGACCGAGAGCAAAGUCUGUUGCUUCCAUUCCUGACAAUUGUUGGCAGCAUCGUGAUAGUCUUUCACAACUGAGAGACCAAGGUCAUGAUGAAAAGACAUCGCUGCUGCAUUUGAUAUCGGUAGGUUGUGAAUGCCUCCUUUUGGAAUUGUGGACCGAUACCAGUAAUGGGUCAGUUCUUGUGCUGCUGACACGGCCUGACAACAGAGGUUCGGAAGUAAUUUCGCAAGCGACAGUCGAGAACUGCCUGUCACCUGGCUCUUGGCAACAUUUGGCAAUGAACGUUAAGGAUUACAUGCAGAGGAGGAUGAACGUCAUUGAGGUCGAGCUGAUAGUGGAUGGUUGUGAUCGCCACGAGUGUCUGUUGUCAUUUUCUGGGCUUCUCGUACGGAAACCACGCUCUUCUGCUGUGUUGAUAGGACACAGAAAAUUUCAGCAAAGUUCUUCAUCUGGCUCAUGGAUUUUUGCCGGACUUCAACUAUUCCGCUGUGCAGUUUUUUCACGUGAAAAGGCAACUUACUUGGUUGGCCUCGGACCAGGGAGAGUUUCACUGGCAGACUGUGACGUCGGCUGCACUGCUCCAAACUUUACUCACCUUUUUGGGCCUAAGUCACUCGGAUCAGACAUUGAUUGGGAUUCAAUUCUUCAGGCUCAAGCAGGAAAUCUUAAAGAUCUACAGGACAGCGUCUUGAUGAUAUUCUCUGCCCAGAAUCCUGAUGUUGUUAGUUUGUUUCCACAGUUUGCAACAGGUGUUGGUGGACCACUGUUCCAAGUGCAGCCGUCAUUUCGCAGUGUUCCAAUAGAACAGCGAGCAAGUCAGCAGGUGCCGAUAUGUAUGGCCCCCAUGCUGCUGGCCUCGAAGCUCGAUAAGAUACAGCAUCACAGCCUGCUGGCCGCUGCAACGCUGCUGGGUGGCGUGCCUGUCUUCCUCUUCCUGCUUGCAAGGGUGGUGGAGCUAACACUUGUUGAGGAGGUGCAGGCCCAGGCACUGUUGCUGUUUCUCAGGGUGGCACAGGGAGACUGCGAGCUCUUCACACAGUUUGUGGGGCAAGAGAGCUACAAACUACUUCUGAAGAUUCUCAGAUCAUCUCGAUGCAGUGCUGGACCUUACCUGUUGAAGGCUGUCCUGGAUGCAUGCUGUGACAAACCUGUGCUGGGUUAUACCAGUGCUGCGAAUGGGCCAACACGAGUGACGGUCCUGGCAAACACAGACGCAGUUGUUGUCAACUCAUUCGUGCUGCGGGCUGUGGCGGGUGCGUGGGCAGCGUGGGGCCCUGCAGGGGCACUUGGCCUCUUGCUGCGAGCGCUGCACGUCCUGCUGAGGGACGACCACCCCUACCGGGAGUUCAACGCUGCGCAGAUGAACCGCACCCACAUUGUUGACAGUCUUCUUCUCUUUUGCAAGGAGCAGUUUCUUCAAGAAAAGCCAGAGAUAGACAUGGAGCCUGGGAUCUGCUGCUCUCUUGUGGAGCUGGUGCGCUCGCUGAUGGGCGCACCCCCAGAGUUCAGCCACAUUGUGUCUGUGGCUGACUUCCUGCUUCUCGCACACCCCGCCCGCCACACUUACAUCAGCCAUGGACGUAACAACUACUACUUUGUUCUGGAUGAAAAUUCUUCCAGUCCCUUAUCGGGCAGCCUAACAGAAUGGCGUUGGCGGAAAAAAGAAAUGUCUCUCUUAGCACGUGCCAUAGACCCACUGAAGCUGAAUAAGGCUCUCACGAAUCUGCAGAUAAAACAGCUGACUGGAUCUGUAGACAGCAAUCGAGUAAUUGAGAAUGGCGACAUUGCAAAUACCGAGACCUCGACAUCACGGCGGCUGUCUUUAGUCAGUAAUUCUCUGAUGGCGUGUGCUGAAGAUGCUGUCCAGUUACUGGAGCAGGCAUCAAACCCUGCCCAAGUUGUUGAGACUGUGAAAGAAAAAUUUGUUACAGAGACAGAGGAGCGUGCGGAGAAAAUGAAUAAUGGAGCAAAUGAACAUGUGUCAAGUGAUAGUCAUAAUCUUGUGAUGGAGGGCCUUCUCUUGCUACUGAAGGAUGUUCUACUGGUACUUCCUGACAACAUGGCACCACAGGUGUUGAACCAUGUGGUGCGUGCUGACACUUUGCUUGUCAUUGCAAAUCAUCCUGAUGUUAGAGUUCGGACAGCCGUUGUGAAGGUGCUGUCGGCGUACCUGCAGCGAGCCAGUAGCGACGAGGUGUCUCGAUUCUGCAAGAUGCGUGGCUACCAGUUACUGGCGUGCCAACUGGCACAGUGGCCGGCCUCGUGGGAGCUAGCGGAGGCAGCGGUGGCACUGGGCACUCUCUGCCCACUGCCCCUGGAGGAGCAGGCAGCUGCACUCGACCUGGGUGCCAGUACGGCAGAGCUGCAGUCCUCCCGGUCACUGGCAGCACUGCCCCCACUGCUUGCACUCCUGCCUCGUUGCUGCCGGACGGAUGUCGCCCUCGCUGAUACCUUGCUUGCCUACUUGAGCCAGCUUGUUUUAAAAGUCAUGCAGGUAUCAACAGCACGACUCCUCCAGGACUUAGGUGUCGUGGAGUGCCUGUGUCGUUGUCUGCAGGCUAUACCACCUCCAAAAUUACAGUCUACACCACCUUCUGAAAGGCCAGCAUUUGGUUCACCGAAUCCAGAAGUGCUUGUUGGAGAUAUCCAUCUGAUAUUGGGUUCCAUCGUGACUCGAUCCAUUCUGCUUCCAGGUCAUCAAAACUCUACUCAGGUGCUGUCAGAUGUGCUGCACCAGCUGGGCUACCUGUGGGAGCACCUGGGUAGCAGGCGCUGCCGGGACGCACAAUUCUCUGUGCUUGAGUCUGUUGUCAACGUGCUGCUGGAGAAGCUGAACCUUGCUCAGCCGGUGGGAACCCUGUUCCAGUCAGGCCUUGCUAACGGCUACAAGGAGAAUGACGCCAUCUCGACAUCAAGCAGCAGCAGCAGCAACAACAGUGUUUUCUCAGUGUCACUAACAAAAGAAAUUGGCCGCAGUGAUCUUGGAGAUAGAUUUCGUAAUGUCAUUUCUCGUGCUGUGGAGAUUAUCUGUUCUACAGGCAGAAGUGCGGAACAACCACAAACACCUUCCAGAAGUCAAGGAAUGCAUCAUCAACUUGGACAUAUUUUUCAACAGGCUCCUGCAUCUGUCCGAUCAAUAGAAAAAGAAGGGCGGCACGCGCCAACCGAGGCAGAGCGUGCCUUCCGCCGGCGGUUGCUGGCUGCUCUGUUAUCGUUGGUGGUGGAGCGUGCGGCACCGUCAGUGGUACGAGAUGCGGCACGCUUGCGGGCGGCACAGCUGGCAUGUUGGCUGCUCGCACCCGGCCAGGCAGCUCGUGAUCGUUCGCAUGUCGUGCGGCUGCUGCUUUGCCAGGAGCCGAUGCGCACCCGUGAGAUAGUGGCUGCCCUCAUCAAUGCUCACCAGGCAGCAGAAGCCAAGCUGACCGCCUUCUUGUGGGACCUGGCUCGCGCAGAGGUGGCCACCUCAAUCGAGCGCCAUGCCGCCGAGGAGCUGUUGGCCCGCUUGGCCCAGUGGGGCCUGACGGCAGGUCCCGCGCCACUAGACAGCUGGCUCUCAGAACUGGCUGCAUCACAGGGGGAAGCUAUAGGAGCGAGAGAGACAUCUCUGCGCAAUUCUCAGUCUGCAGUGUACAGGAGUGUAUAUCGUAUGGAGGGCUUGGUUCGGCACCUCACAGAAACAGCCAUGGAUGUCACUGCACAUGUUGUGGGAGCGCAGAGUGCAGAAAGGAAAUCGUUUAUGGAGCACAUAAAGGCCCGCUUCAGUGAAGAUGUCCGUGUACGCUCUCACUGGCUACGCCUGCGGCAGGCUCUCACACAUGAACGGGCUGUGUGGUAUUUUCCUAAAUCGUAUCCCAGAUCGUGGCAGCUCGACCCAACUGAGGGGCCCGCUCGUGUGAGGAAUCGCAUGCAACGUUGCCACCUGGGAAUGGACAGGCGGUAUUUCUUACCAGCAGUACAGCGUCAGAUGCGUGAUGAGCUGGAAGGUGAGCCCCUGGCAUACCUCUUGGAACGUGAUACAUCACAGCAGCAGCCACGUGUUUCCACCGUCAUGAUCGAGCGCCUACACACCAAUGAGAAGAUUCGCCACAUGACAACAGCUCGCAUCGUCACACCUGCACGGGAGGUGCCCGGUGAAGUGUUGAUUGGCGAGAGCUGCAUGUACUUUGUUGCAGACAGUGACUGCUCAUCGGCAUUGUCAGAGUGGCAGCUAUCACCCGAUGAAGUUGAUCUCUCUUCGACAGCGUGGAACUUCGAAGACGUGUGUGAAAUUCACAACCGGAGAUACCAGCUACAAGAGAGAGCAUUGGAGAUUUUCCUUUUGAAUGGAAGAACAUAUCUUGUUGCUUUUCAGUCUUCCAAGGAGCGUGACGCAUUUGCAAAUGAGCUCGCCCAGUGCAGACUGCCAAAUCGUCUAGCGGCAGACAGCUUGAGUGAUGCAGUUCAUCUGUGGAGGGAGGGUCUACUUACAAACUGGGAGUAUUUGUCACAGCUGAACAAAAUGGCUGGGCGUUCCUACAAUGACCUAAUGCAGUACCCUGUGAUGCCAUUUGUUCUUGCUGAUUACACGAGCAAUGUUCUCGACCUGAAAAGUCCUCGUUCCUACAGGGAUUUCCGAAAACCGAUGGCAGUUCAAGAAAAGAAAAAUGAGCAGCAUUACAUUAGUAAUUAUAAUUAUAUAAAACAAGAGCUAUCAGCUGGUUCGAGACACAUAUCAGUGCACCAGGAGCCCUAUCACUACGGUAGCCAUUACUCAAAUUCUGGCACAGUGCUGCAUUUUCUCGUUCGACUGCCGCCCUUCACUAGAAUGUUUCUGACGUAUCAAGACAAUAACUUUGACAUCCCAGACCGCACAUUCCAUUCCUUGCACACCACUUGGAGGCUCACGAGUUCUGAUUCUACCACCGAUGUCAAGGAGAUGGUCCCAGAGUUCUUUUACUUGCCCGAGUUCCUGCUGAACAGUGAAGGAUUCAAUCUUGGCGUUCGACAGUCAGGUGAAAGAGUCCACAAUGUUCAGCUCCCCCCAUGGGCAGGUGGAGAUGCACGAAAAUUCAUUCUAAUCCAUCGUCAAGCACUAGAGUCGGACUUUGCUCGAGAGAACUUGCCUCACUGGAUAGAUCUCGUUUUUGGGUACAAGCAGACUGGUAAAGCUGCUGUGGAAGCCAUCAACGUUUUCCACCCAGCGACAUAUUAUGGGUUCGACGCAGAAAGUAUUCGCGACCCCCUGGAGAGGGCAGCAUGGGAGACGAUGGUCCGUACCUAUGGGCAAACACCACGGCAACUAUUUCGCUCCCCCCAUCAGAUGGCUGCUCAGACCCUCACGUCAAAAAGACUGUCAACCACUUCAAGACUUCCCAUGGACGGGCUCGUGCGGGGUCUGCAAUGGGGCCACUAUGUGGGCUCGCCAGCUGAGCCAGAACCAUCAGAGGUCUGGCAGCGUCGACACCGUGUGCCUGUUGGCCACCUCAUCCCGUUGGCUACAGGGGAUGUGUACGGUCUCGCACCGCACACCUGCCUGCUUCUUUCAUACACCAAAGACCGUGGUCUCGGUGUAGUGAGUGGAACAUCAGUACAUGGGGCUGCUUUGUUGUCCUGGGGCCAUCCAGAUGGCAUUGUGCGUGCUAAGGUUAAAAAGGAGCAGCCACCUUGGCCAGUCAUCAGCACAUCAGCAAUUGAUCCAGUGUGCAUAUGCAGCAGUGCUCCAGAUGUUCCACAGUUGUGGCUGGGGCAUACAUCUGGACGAAUACAAGUUUUGAGAUUUAGGUUGGAGGGAUCUCUCGAAUUCCGUCCCGAGCCGUCUGUGUUGCUGGGGCACACAGCAGCACUGACUGAUAUUGUACUCUGUCGCAGCUUCUCAAUAGCUGUUUCCGCUGGCUACGAUGGAAGUGCCAUUAUAUGGGACCUUAACAGCUUGUCAUACGUGAGGUCUGUGGCGGUCAGUGAACCCGUGAAGCUGGCCACAGUGAGCAGAACGCUGGGCGACAUUCUGCUUGUGACAGACUCGGAGCUACUGCUGUUCUCCGUGAAUGCUGCGCCUGCAGGCAGGGCAUCACCACCCUCGCUGACCACAGCCGUCUGCUUCUCUGGUGCACCGGAGGGGAUUUCCAUAAAUGCUGUCGCGUCGGGUCACGCAGAUGGAGUUAUAAGAUUAUGGAGCUCUUGGGACCUCUCACCACUGAAGGAGAUAUCCUGCAAUGCAUUAUUGUCACAGCCCAUAAUAAGUAUUACAUACUCACAUGAUGCUCAGCACAUGUACGCAUCUGGUGCCAACGGUAUUGUUGUUAUCUGGGAAGGCAUGUCGAGCAAAGGCCCAAGUCAUAUGCCAAAAUUUCUUGAUCUUACAUCACUGUGAAAUGGCUCUACUUGCAGUUAUAUCUACUAUUUCCAGUUGAUGAGAUUCAUUAUAAUUAUUGUACAAUAUUUUACUAAUGUGUUUGUGAGUUGUUUGGAUCCAGUGAAGAGGUGUACUGUGAUGUUUUAUGUGGUACUGAUAAUUCAGAAUCUCUCUAGCAUGAUAUUCAGAAUCUCCCUAGCAGAAAGAUUAUUUUUUUAUACUCUUAAUGUUGUGAAUGUUAUGAUAGUUUAAUAAUAAUCUGUUUCAUAUUGCAUUUCUACUUCAUUAAUUGAGAUAUAGUACAAAAAUGUAAAUCUAGAUUACGCCUUUUGUGAUAGUUAUUCAUCUAUAUUUUGCGUGUUAUUUUAGUUUUCAGUAUAGUAUCCAAAAUAAUUUUUCAUCACAUUUUCAACAGAUAUUAAACAUACUUUCUACACAUGUUUUUGUAUCUCAUAUAUAAAGUAAAUUAGCCAGUUACUGAUCCAUUUCUCUGAAUCUCUUAAGGACAGUUUUUUUUUUUUUAAUUUGCUUAUAUUUUCGUUAAAUUGAGUGAGUCUCUCUCUCUAACCCUCUCUACCCUCUCUGCUCUCUACUCUCUACUCUCUCCUCUCUCUCUCUCUCUCUCUCUCUCUCUCUCUCUCUCUCUGUGUGUGUGUGUGUGUGUGUGUGUGUGUGUGUUUG